AUGGUGUGUUUGAGUGCAUUAUUGCUACUUGUAUUUACAACGAGUGUCCUUUCUGAUGGAGAAUCCUUACUUAUAGCCUGUUCAAUAGAUGAUACAGAAUGCCUCAGCAAAACUACACAGCAAUUUUUGGAAAAAACCUGCAAAGGCAUACCAGCUUAUGACAUAAAGGCUAUCGACCCUUUGUUCAUACCAAAUCUAGACAUUAACCUCAGUGAAAAAGCGGACACGGUAUUGCACUUCAAAAAUCUUAAUGUCACCGGACUGAAGGAUCAACAAUUUUCGGAAUUAAAGAUGGACACUAAACAAAAAUCUGUUGUACUGCAAACUCGAAUGAACUUAAAUAUAGUUGGAGAUGUCACCAUAGAGCUUAGUAAAGGCUCUAAAUCGUUUUCUGGUGCUUAUACAAUUAAAGGAACUGCAUUAGGAACAACAAGAUACGGAUACGACUACAAGUUUGAUGAUAAAGGUGUGGAACAUUAUGAAGUUGGACCGGAAACAACAAGUUGUCAAGCUGUGAGUGACCCAGAAGUAAUCGUAAGUCCCGAAUUAAGCGAAGCGUUAGAAUCAGAUAAAGAACUUAAGGAAAGAAAACAGAAAUAUAGCGCCAAAAAGAAGGAAAUUCAGAGAAAUGUAUUGUGUAAAAUAGUAGAAAAAGCAUAUAUUACUGUCGUGCACAACAUCCGAGCUGCUGCAAAAGUUUUGCCAAGAACUGCAUUUAUAAAAGAUGAU